UGUUCGACUGACUGCGGCAAGGGAGAGAGAAGGCGGUCGGUGCAGUGCGUCAGUGAUGGCGGCUUAAUUCUGCGCUGGAAGGAAUGUGACGUCACGAGCAAACCGACGACGUCAGAGGUGUGCGACAUGGGGUCGUGCGUGAAGACGUGGUUCUUCUCGGAGUGGACGGAGAAGUGUUCGGAGACGUGUGGCUGGGGAGUGAGAACGAGGGAAGGCACGUGUCUAGACAGCAACCAGACAGUGAGUACUGAGUGUGAAGCCAGCAAUAGACCGCGGCUGCGUGAGAGCUGCAGUGAUGCGGACUGCACCACCGGACCCGUCACACAUAGAGAGAAGGUCGAGUCGUGUAAGGAUACUUACGACAACUGUGACCUAGUCGUCCAGGCGAGGCUGUGUCGGUACAGCUACUACAGCGCCGCCUGCUGUAAAACAUGUAGCGAACACGAUCACCACUGACGUCAAUCACUGACGUCAUCGCCACGUGACGGAUCCACGUGACGGAUCCACGCCUCGUUCUUUUCACAACUCUACAGCUUGUUCUACUUUGUGAGGUCUCUGCCUGACCGCUGAGGUGGCGGUGUAAACCUCGUGUCUGCACACUCCGCAUCACUGCCGCGCUGGCUAUAUAAGCCUCAUCAUGAUCGGUGAUACGAUGCGAGCUUGCGAUACUAGAUCUACCGGUUCUGCACCAGCAGCCGCACGAACCCUGAAGGACGUGUCCGCGAACAAAAGACGUAUCCGCGGGAUUAAGGAAAGGUUAAGUUAAGGUUAAGGUUUCCUGGUUGCAUCGGGGAUGAGCGCAUAAUACACGGGGUGCUUCUGGUUGUUCCGGUAAUACACGCAGUGAAAACACACGAUGGAACGGCACAGGGUCUCUGCUGAUAUAUAUCCCCAGGUAUUGGGCGAUAGGUGGCGCCACAUGUAGGCGAGGAGCUUGAGUUGGUUCUCACUGCUUUCUAGACGCUGCGAGGCUUUCGAUAGAAACUAUUAAAAACUAGAUCACGUCUCAUCAAGUUUUACUGACAACCGUCGACACGUCAUCACGAUUUGUACGUAAGUUUUACACGAGUUAUAAGAUCAUAAUAAUGGAAAGUAAACUAGUAAACAAUCUUAUAUGUUAAUAGAUUGAGUGGCAAUCUCAUUGGGCCUGUGAAGGCGAAAACUACCUAAACAUUUUUUUAUUUAGCUGUAAGACUCACUCGUAUAUAAGCGUAAGUAUACUAGUCGUUGCUUUAGUAUAACAUUCUGGCCAAUCUCACACCAGAUGCUUUCUAUUUCAUGCUAUGUCUGUUUGGAAUUUUUUUCCUGUGAGAAGGCACGCCAAUAUCGGAUAUGAUUAAAUCCAGAAACAGCUUCAUGAUGCAACGGUGAUGAUUGGUUGAAUGCUGACUAUAACGGAGAAAACUUUAUGAUUGGUCGAAACAUUCACGUUAGGUGCGGGCGUCGCUGAAGUCAUUGAUUCUUGAUAAAAAAAAAACGUAAUUGCCAGCCAUAAUCCGCAGGAAAAACAAGAUAUUGUUUCUCUAGCAAAAAUCACGUUCAUGAAUAUGGCGACUGAAUAACUGAAUGGCGACGUGCAUGCAUGAGCAGCAGUGUAUGCGAGACUGGUGCGAUGUACGCUGUGGACGAAUUAAGUCACUAAACGAUCCCAUAUCACACGUACUGCGCGGUAUCUCAAGGUGUUAGGUGUAGUCAAAGAGCUUAUAACGAUUAGUGCAUAGAUGAGUGAAAGAUUAGUGAAUAGAUCAUUAUAAGCUCUUUGGUGUAGUCGUGCGUGAACUGCGCAUGCGCAAACAGCCGUAAUAGAAGAACGGACGCGAUUCGAAAGUAAAUAGACAAACCGCCAAAUGGUUGUAAAACUAUAUUUAUGAUUCUUUUAUUAACAUUUUGUAUUAGCCCCACCGUAAAAAAUCGUAUUGCUUCGCGGAAUGUUGUUUAAAGACCAAAGGCAGUGUGUCUUUGUUUGGGUAGAUAAUUGUCUUACGAGGAUAUGGUUUGUGUGUUUUUGUCCGUGUGAUAUUUUCCGGGUAAUAUUGCCCUUGUCCAAAUGAUAAUGUCCUGGCGAUAUUGUACGCAUAAUAUUGUCUAGGUGAAAGUGUCUGGAUCAAAUUUCUAUGACAUUAGAUGACAUCUGGAUGACAUUGGAUUAUAACAUCCGGAUAAUAUUAUUUGGGACAUAUCGUUAUAUAAAUGAUAUUGUUUUGGCGGAUGUUGUACGGAGUAUAUCAUCCGGGUGCUUUGGCUCGAUGUGAAUUGUUCUGACGCUGAUAGUCGCAUAUGAUGAACGGCUAAAUGCGAUUUGUUAAAAGUACGUGUAAACGAACGCUUUGUUGGUGUAUGGCUUAGUGUUUGUGACAUUAUGGUUAAACAUCGGAAUGUCAAUAUUAUCAAACUAAUGCAUACGUGUGUGUGCAGCAUAGAGAUGCAUUAUGCUGCAUACGUGUGUGUGCAGCAUAGAGAUGCAUUAUGAGAUGAGACUGAUCUGUAUAAACAGAAUGAUGUCUCCGUAAACUUGUUUGUAAAUAAUUAUUUGAACCGUUGCGUGUUAAAUACUUUAUCUCUCUAACGCGUUUUGGGAGAUUUAUAACGUAAUGAAACAGGGUCACAUUUCUUAUCUGUUAUAUUCCUCCUUCUGUAUUUGAAGAGGGGAGGUAAAAUGUAUGUGCAUGUAUACAUUUAUGUACCUACAUAUUUAUUCAUUGAUAGCAAAAUUUUGAGAUGUCGGCAUGAAAUGACCGAGGUUUGAUGUCCACAACGAUCGCUGAUGAAGCGGUUUAUUAAUUAAGUAAAGUAAAUUAAGUAAAUUAGUAAAACAAUACUACACGGCAAGAUGACGAAUAAUAAUCAAAAUGCAUCAAUUAUUGUUGAUAAAACC